AUGGAAAUUGAUUCUCUAUGCCAUGUAUGCGAGGUGGAGACAGAGACUUUGUUCCAUGCAUUUUUCGGGUGCUGCCACGUUGUUCCUUUCUGGUUUGCCUCUCCUUUGAGCUUCAGAUUUGAUGCUCUCAAUUCAUACCAGAAUCAAGUCCCUGUUGAGGCUUUGCAAUCCUUGUUCACGGGUCUUGCAGCAGUUUGGGAGAGGAGUAACCAGUGGCUUUUUGACGGGGUGAGAGCUGAGAUUCCAUGGAUACUGCAACGCUGUCAACAGCUGAUAGCUAGCUCCUCCGGCCUUGGUGCGGUCUACUGGUCCAGCUUCGGGAUCUUCCCCUCUAGGGGACAGUUGUGGGUUCCGACGGGUGUUGGGUUGCUUAAGCUGAAUUUUGAUGCAGCUUUUGAUGGUGUUCGUGGCGCUGGUUUUGGGUUCGUUGUAAGAGAUGGAGAGGGUUCUCUAUUGGCAGUGGGUUGUGGACUUGUGUCGUGUGCUUCCUCCUCUCUCAUGGUAGAAACCAUUUGCUUUAGGUGGGCAAUCCAGAAGGCGAUUGAUCUUGGGCUCAAGAGAGUCAUUUUUUGA